GCCAGAUUGCGUAUAAUUUUUCACGGGUGGGAAUAGCAAAAGGCUUCGAAUACUUUUUUUAUCAACUGUUCAAAAUAUGGCUACUAAAUUGAUUGUAUAUUUUAUAGUGAAAAAAAUGUAAAAAAUAUAAAAAUCUGCUGAAGUUAUUUCAAUAAUAUGGAUUCUUCGACAAAAAUCAAGGAUUCUUGUUGCAAUUCUUCAGCAACUGCUUCGGUGAUAGCGAGCAUCUGUAGUAGUGAAAGUUUUAGUAUUUUUCCGCCACAUCAUCACGAUUUGGCAAGUGCCAAUAGUAUUGAAUUAAAUGCAGCUGCUUCGUUGAGCGAUGACUCUGGUGUACCACUAACUACAAAUAGUUCAAUAUCUAGUGGAGACUCAUAUCGAUUAGGAUUGUGUAAAUUUGAUAUAGAAAUUGUAGAAAGCGAUGGUGAAGUUUCGCAAUUUGAUUCAUUGGAUAAUUGCUCAGAAGGUGGCAUGAGUGCAGAAAACUUUAAUACUUUAAAGAAGGGUCCUUUAGCGCCAAUAGACCCUCCUCCAGAGUUUCAGGAUUCUCCACAAACAACACUAGUGCGUUCUAUGACAAAAAAUCGAGUUGGCAGUUUAAGGCGUUGGACUUCAUCGCAGUCGUCUUUUGAACAUCUAAAGGAUCAUGGUAGUGGCGAAACGACAAAUAUUAGCAUUGGUACAAUUGGUAAUACAAGCAGUUGUGAUGUUGAUGGCCAUGUCGAAAAGGAUAAUUACACAACAGAAGAUGAUAAAAUAUCGAAAGAAUUAUAUGCCGUUAAUAAGCACUUGUACUCUAGCGAUUCAAUUCUGAAUUCACAUACGGAUAACAUUUAUGAUGAGCCGAAUAACAUAUUAAGCUCUUCAUUAGGCAAUAGCGUCGACGUACUGGAAUCAGAUUCGCCAUCACAGUCACUUCCAUCGCCCCCGCCUCCGGUAUCUAUAGUCAAAAUAAAACAAACAUUGUGCCCCUACUUCCAGGAUCAUACUCGGUAUUUUAAAGCCAUUCCGUCGGAACAGGAUAACAUAACGACUGCAGCUCAACGUUUCAAUAUACCAGGUCUUUCCGAAAUACACGAUUAUGAUCUAUAUUAUGGAAUAAAGCGAAAUACAUAUCAACAAUACGAUAAUAGUCUACAACGAAAAGUCAUGUAUAGUCCUUUAAGUAACUCACAUCAUUGCCACAAUCAUAUUUACCACGGUGGUAUGAGUAGUAAUCGACCCAACUCAAGAAACUCUUUGAAUAGCCGUCUUUCAAGCUCUCACAACUCUUUAAGUGUAUCAUCGGCGAACAAACCUGAUGAUUCAAUAUUUAUUACACAGGCGAUGUCACACGAUGCUCUUUUGACGAGAGAGAUAUCUGAUUUUUAUAAUGUUCCAAUUGAUUCAGAUAUUUAUGCUUUGCCCGUUGAUAUGAUCAGGUCUGAGAAGGAACGAUUCAAACACAAUCACAGACACAACACAGCCGAGUGCGUUGUUCAUGAAACCAAAGAAAUUGUGCUACAGAGCAGUUGCAAUAAACACAAUAUUUCGAAAUGCCAUCACCAGACAAAAUCAAAUCGUAAGAAUAGGAAUAAAAGAAAAAAACGAUCCACUUCCAAUUGCAUGGAUAAUGGAGAAUGUAGUGAUCAGGCCCCAAGUCACAUAUCAACAAGUACAACAUCAAGGUAUACCACGACAUUCAUCUCUACGUCUAGUAUUCAGGAUGACACUAAUAUCAGCGAACCAUUGCAUAUGACAUUGGACGAGGUCAAACAGUUUUAUCACACAUUGUACUCCGACACAAAACCAACAGGAGACGCCGGCGGAUGCAGUAGCGGAGGCGGUGGAACAGCAUUACGACAUAUUAAAAAUGUAAAUCAUCAUGCUGUUGCUAAGUCAUCGAAUGAAACCAUAUGGAGUGGAUCGACUGCACGGUCUCGCAGUAGUAAUUCAACUCUAGCCCAAAACCGAACUGAUAAAAAUAUCACUUCGCAUUCCAACAAACUCAACACUGUUGCUCAGAAACAUUUGACUUCAGACACCGAGACGAUUCAUAGUAUUAACAAUAACAACAGCUUGACGGCUAUAAAUAAUCACAAUAAUCAAAACCAGAAUCAGAAUCAAUCACCCUUAACUAAAUCCUACCAUUACCAGGAUAAAGAUCAAUCAUUGCACAAUACACAAUCAAUUAUUAAGGCAAACAUUAUAGCGCCCAGUGAAAAGAAAUCACAAUUCACAUUAAAUUUAAAGCAAAAGUUUUGCAGCAUUUUCCGUUUUCGCAGAAACCACAAUCGAUGUAGUAGUAGAAAUGUUGUCAACGAGGGUGAGGAGAAUAAUUCAAGUAGUGAAAAGUGCGGCACUCACGUCUCUUCUAAAUCAUCAGAUGAUAAACGUAAAAAAUUCCAAUCAAGGGCUCUUCCACCACUACCAAAAAAAGAACCUAUAGAAGAAAGUCACGAAAUGACUGAUGAAAAAUUCAAUAACAAGGAGGAAAAGAAAACCGAAAAUCGUUCAUUUCACUUCACAUCAAGCAUUGAGAAAGUUAAGGAUUAUGGCUGGUACUGGGGUCCACUAUCAAGUGAGGCAGCAGAAAAAGUUUUGUCUAAUGAACCAGAUGGAAGUUUUAUAGUACGCGAUAGCUCCGAUGAUCAUUACAUAUUUUCUCUCAGUUUCAAACUAAACAAUUGCGUUCGACAUGUUCGGAUUGAACAAGACCAAGGCACAUUUUCAUUUGGGUCGUAUGCUAAAUUCAAGUCGCAAACAAUAACCGAAUUUAUUGAAAAAGCUGUAGAACACUCGCGAAGUGGCAGAUAUUUAUUUUUUUUACAUCGAAGGCCAGAACAUGGACCAAUGCGUGUGCAGUUGACAAAUCCGGUAUCUAGAUUUAAACACGUGCAAAGUUUACAGCACAUGUGCAGAUUUGUAAUAUUAAAAGCCGUAGUAAGAAAGGAUUUAAUACAAACAUUGCCAUUGCCAAGAAGACUUUUAGACUAUCUUAAUUAUAAGCAUUGUUAUUCGGAACAAGUUGAAAGUGAUAGUUCAAAUUCUCAGAUUUCAGGAGAAGGCUCUUUGUAGGCUUGUUCGACAUUAUUGUUUUAAAUGUUAUCGAUUUAUUUUAAAUAUAGGAGUAGUUACCAUAUUAUACACGAUAGUUAGAAUUACAGUGCAUAACAAUUAACCGAUUGUCUCUUAGUAUUUGAUUAUGUUAAUAAUGAAAUUAUUGCUGCUCACAAAGUAUUUGUACUCGGUGCUAUAAUAUAAGAUAUGUAAAAUUUAAACGUAAUAUGAAUAAUACUAGUAGUAAUUACAGAAUUUUGACUGAAUUGCAAAUAAAACAUAAAAAUACAUCUAUA